AUGCCAUUAUGCAUCAUGGCAGCCUCUAUGAAUACCGAUGGCACGAAGCUGGAGAAAGUCUGCUUUCCCCUCCACGAAGAUCCGGCGGCGAAGUGGGAUGUCAAAAUCGAGGGCGGUUGUGCAAGCUUCACCAAUGCGUCCACUGCGAAUCAUGCCUCUGGGCUAAUACUCCCACCUUUAUGUCACCCUCAUAUCCAUCUAGAUAAGGCGUACAUCCUGACAGGCAACAACAACCAGCCAAACCAAAGCGGAUGGCCCGACUACUCUGAUCUCUUGCCAACAACUGGAUCCUUCAGCGAGGCUUUGCAAAACACCACCGAGGCAAAGAACCGCUACACUCGAGAGGACCUCCAGCUGAGAGGGAACCAGCUCAUUGCCAGCUGCGUGAAACAUGGCGUCACCUCGAUGCGCGCCUUUGCUGAGGUCGACCAUGUUACGCAGUCUCUUGCCUUGAGCGAGGCUAUACGGCUAAAACGUGAAUGGGAUCAUCUGAUGGAUGUCCAGAUUUGUGCUUUUGCUCAAGAUCCCUUAUUCUCUACUGAACACGGCGAGCGUAACCGACAAGAGAUAUCACAGGUCUUGACCUCGCAGCUGAGGGAGAAUAUUGGUGCUAUAGGCACGACACCUUAUGUCGAGGACAGCCGGGAAGCGGCCUUGCAAAAUAUCGAAUUCGCCAUCGACUCGGCCCUCACUCACAGAAUGCAUUUGGACUUCCAUCUAGACUACAACCUGAAGGAGCCAUCGGGCGACCAGGCGCCGCUGAUAUACGACGUUAUUGAGAAACUCAAGGAGCACGACUGGCUGAAGAAUGCAGACCCGAACAGGACCAUCGUCCUGGGCCACUGCACUCAACUCACGCAGCUGAGCAACGCCGAAAUGUCCCGGCUGGCCGAGCUGAUCACCGGCAGCAAGCUCCCAAUCCACUUCGUGGGACUGCCGACGAGUGACCUCUACAUGAUGGGCCGACCAUCUGCACCGCUCACAGACGCCUCAGCGUCCUCGCAGAAUCGGCCGCGCGGGACCUUGAACGUCCCGUCGCUGAUCAAAGACCACGGACUGAACGCCUGCCUGGGCGUCAACAACGUCGGCAACGCCUUCACCCCCUACGGCACCGGCGACCCCCUGCAGCUCGCCUCGUGGGGCGUCGGGCUCUACCACGCCGGGACGGUCGAGGAUGCCCGGCUGCUGUACGGCUGCGUGAGCUGGCGCGCGAGAGCGGCGAUCGGGCUCAGCGACCCGGACGGCGAGGGCGCCGACUACAACGCGCCUUCGGAGACGGGCCGGAUGUGGAAGCCCGCGCUGCUCAUCCGCAACGAGAGCUCCCACCGGUUCGACACCGCCAACGCGCGCGGCGAUGGCGUCCGCCCGUGGGUCGUGCCGGCGCGGCAGCGGCGGAGCAUCCAGGACGUGGUGUGGGAUCCGCCCGAGACUUCGCUGCGUAGCACCGUGAGGUACAGCUCAUAG